AUGCGCAUGCGCACUUCGAUGCCCUUUCACCGUUGGCUGGGGGAAAAGGUUCUUUGCCGAGUUCCUAGCUGCGACAACCUUAAGCACAGAAAAAUCCCGGAAAAUGAAACUUCUGGCGUCCAGACAGUGUUUGUGUUGACCACCGGAAACAAACAGGUGUCGUAUCCGGACUCGGGUGCUCCGGAGGAGGACGGUUCUUGUGCUCGCUGCUCAAUGUGACAGAGGAUCACGUCUUCGCCAUGGCUCAGGAGCGAGGCAGAUUCGAUUUCUACAUCGGCCUGGCUUUGGCCAUCAGCUCCAGUUUGUUUAUCGGAGGAAGUUUCAUCCUGAAGAAGAAAGGACUGCUGAGACUCGCCCGGAAAGGCUCGAUGCGAGCAGGUCAAGGUGGUCAUGCGUAUCUAAAAGAAUGGCUUUGGUGGGCGGGGCUUUUAUCAAUGGGCGCUGGUGAAGCUGCAAAUUUCGCAGCUUACGCGUUUGCUCCUGCGACGCUCGUCACUCCGCUCGGGGCUCUCAGCGUGCUCGUGAGCGCCGUGCUUUCCUCCUACUUCCUGACGGAGAGGUUGAACCUGCACGGGAAGCUGGGCUGUCUCCUCAGCGUGCUCGGCUCCACCACCAUGGUGAUCCACGCGCCGCAGGAGGAGGAGAUCGACAGCCUCGAAGACAUGGCCAAGAAACUGAUGGACCCAGGUUUUGCUGUCUUCGCGACGUUCGUCAUCAUCAUCGCUCUGAUCUUCAUCUGCGUCGUCGGCCCACGUCACGGCCAAACCAACAUCCUGGUGUACAUCACCAUCUGCUCUGUGAUUGGCUCCCUGUCCGUGUCGUGCGUGAAGGGGUUGGGCAUCGCCAUCAAGGAGGUGAUCGCUGGUCAGGCGGUGCUGAGUAACCCGUUAGCGUGGGUGCUGGUGGCGAGCCUGGUGGUGUGCGUCAGUACGCAGAUCAACUACCUGAACAAAGCGCUGGACAUCUUUAACACCUCUCUGGUCACGCCCAUUUACUACGUCUUCUUCACCACGUCGGUGCUCACCUGCUCCGCCAUCUUGUUCAAAGAGUGGGAGCACAUGGGCUACGACGACGUCAUCGGGACGCUGAGCGGCUUCUGCACCAUCAUAGUCGGGAUUUUCCUGCUGCACGCCUUCAAGGACAUCAACGUCAGUCUGGCCAUGCUGGCCGUCAGCAUCAGGAAGGAGGAGCGCAACGGGACGAUGGCCAACGGCAUCGGGACGCACGCUCACUCCACGUACGAGCUCCUCCGGGACGAGAACGUGGUGGAUUUCGAGGAAAGAGAGAUGGGCUCGACGUUCGACAACGUCUCGAGGAGAAACGGCAGCAUGGCCACGUGUUAGGUUUCAGACUCGAUAUUCAAUCAUCUGCUGUGUGAAAGUUUAGUAUUUUUUCUCUUUUAAAUUCUGAAGACAAUCAAUAAUAGACCUGACUGAUGGACUGAACGAUUGUACAUGAGUAUUUUUUCCCCCUCUUUCUGCCUUACAUCCGUGGCGCGGACGCUGACGUCGACUUUGACGGCAUUGUAAGGCUUCGUCUUAUUCCUUGUGUAGCAUUGUAAAUACUUUUUAAAAGCUUUCGCUUCUAUCAGAUGUACAGACAUCUGUACAUAAUCUGCACUGAUUUCUGACUUAUGAUUUUUCUUAUCUUUUUUUAAUUUAACCUCCUCCUCCUCCUUCUCCUCCGUUAUGCCUUGUUAAAAUGAUUGAAGCAACUUAAUAAUGAUAAAUUGUUAUAUUUAUUGAAUUAAAAAUCAGAUUACAACUCAAUCAAAUACAAAAAAGGCACAUGUUUAGGCACUUGGUUAUUUUUUUUAAAGAAUAUACUAGAGGAAACAAAAACAAACAUUUCAUGCAUGCAAUCCUUCCAAAAACAACAACACCACCUGAAAGAAUAAGAAUAUAAACCCAACACUUUUAAAUAAUCUCUUGCUGAAACCCGCUAGGCCAUUCCCCACCUUUCCGAUAAGUAGACAACAUAAAUGAUUAGCAUAUUAAUAGAAAAAAAAAAAAAAUGGAGAUUUGAAUAAGGCACAUACCGUAUGUGUACACGGUGUUUAAAA